AUGAAGCUACUGCUUCUGGGUCUCGCUGAUAUCCCUCUGCUUAGAAAUCGUCUCCGAUUAACUCUCGGAUUCGAUAUGGAUACUCUUCUGAAAACACCCAACAAGCUCGGAUUUUUCAUCCCUCAGUUUAAUGGGUUUGAGAGAUUAUGCAGUAACAAUCCAAACUCUUCAAAGGUUAAGCUUUGUGUGAAGAAAAGGGCAAUCAAAAUUGGUAGUAGUAGUGCUCUUCUGGAUCUUGUUCCUGAGACUAAGAAGGAGAGUCUUGACUAUGAUCUUCCCUUAUACGAUCCUUCCAUGAGUCGAGUUGUUGAUCUGGCUAUCGUCGGUGGUGGCCCCGCCGGUUUAGCCGUGGCUCAGCAGGUUUCCGAAGCCGGACUCUCUGUUAUUUCCAUUGAUCCUUCUCCAAAGCUCAUCUGGCCUAACAACUAUGGAGUUUGGGUUGAUGAGUUCGAAGCCAUGGACUUGCUCGAUUGCCUCGACACCACCUGGUCCGGCGCUGUUGUCUACAUCGAUAACGACGGCGCCAAGAAGGACUUAUCCCGGCCUUACGGGAGAGUUAACCGGAAACAGCUCAAAUCCAAAAUGCUUCAGAAAUGUAUAGCCAACGGUGUCAAGUUCCAUCAGUCAAAGGUCACCAACGUGGUUCACGAGGAGGAAAACUCCACCGUGGUUUGCAGCGACGGUGUAAAGAUUCAGGCUUCGGUGGUUCUUGACGCCACCGGGUUCUCACGGUGCUUGGUUCAGUAUGAUAAACCGUAUAACCCCGGUUAUCAAGUGGCUUAUGGGAUUGUGGCUGAGGUUGAUGGUCAUCCGUUUGAUGUGGAUAAGAUGGUGUUUAUGGAUUGGAGAGACAAGCAUCUUGAUUCGUAUCCUGAGCUUAAGGAGCGGAACAGCAAGAUCCCAACGUUCUUGUAUGCCAUGCCGUUUUCUUCCAACAGGAUAUUUCUUGAAGAGACGUCUCUUGUUGCUAGGCCAGGUCUGCGGAUGGAAGAUAUUCAAGAAAGAAUGGUUGCUAGGCUGAAACAUUUGGGGAUCAAUGUGAAGCGGAUUGAGGAAGACGAGCGUUGUGUGAUCCCCAUGGGCGGUCCUUUGCCGGUUUUGCCUCAACGGGUUGUGGGGAUUGGUGGUACAGCGGGGAUGGUUCAUCCUUCGACCGGUUACAUGGUUGCUAGGACUCUUGCAGCUGCGCCUAUAGUUGCAAAGGCCAUUGUGAGAUACCUUGGUGGUUCAACGAGUGGUGACAGUUUGAGAGGAGAUCAGCUCUCUGCUGAGGUGUGGAGAGACUUGUGGCCUAUUGAACGGCGGAGGCAGAGGGAGUUCUUCUGUUUUGGAAUGGAUAUUCUGCUGAAGCUUGACUUGGAAGCUACGAGGAGGUUCUUUGAUGCGUUUUUUGACCUGGAGCCUCGUUACUGGCAUGGGUUCUUGUCUUCCAGGCUGUUUCUCCCUGAACUGCUGGUCUUCGGGCUGUCACUCUUCUCGCAUGCUUCCAAUACGUCGAGAUUGGAGAUCAUGACGAAGGGUACUGUUCCUCUUGGGGUAUACCUGCAACUGCAGGCUGUUGGAUAG